GACAGUUUGCGUUUGCUUCGCACAUAGCUCGUGAGCGCACGCGCGAACACCGCACGGCGACUGCGCCUCGACAGUGGUUACAGUAUUACAAUAAAAAUGUUGAUCUGUUAAAUUAAUUUGAGUGUUUAAAAUAGACAGUUACAGUUUUGUUAAUAGUUUAUUGUUUGUAAUUAAAAAAAAACUGACAAAAUGGUUAGUGGAAAGGAUCCCAGCGACCUGAAAAAGAUUCCGCCGAAGGAGCGGGAAAAGAAAACCAACAACUACAUGCGCGCGAAUUUUCUGUCGCGGUCAUGGUUCGUGUGGAUGAUGCCGACGUUCUGGAGAGGGUUCAAGCGAGACCUGUACGAUGCUGACCUCACCAAGCCUAAAGACAACCACCUCUCUGACAAACUAGGAGAUCGCCUGGAAAAAAAAUGGUUGGAAGAAAUAGCAUUGGCAAGCAAAAAAGGCCGCAAGCCUUCACUUCUGCGCGCCAUGGCCAAAACCUUCUGGAGAAGCUACGCGCCCUCUGGCAUUAUGUUCCUCAUCCAAGCCCUGUUCCUCAAACCAUUUCAACCAGUGGCGCUAAGUAUGAUGCUGGCCUACUGGGAGCCAGGAUCGGACAUGACAUACGAACAGGCCGUGUACUGCGCCUCGGCUGUCAUCUUCAUGUCCCUGCUCAUCGGCUUCCUCAACCACCACGGUUCCUACUCCACCCAGCAGUUUGGCAUGAAAGUCAGGAUCGCGGCCUGCUCGCUUAUUUAUAGAAAGGUCAUGCGCAUGAGUUCUGGCGCCCUCGCGCAGACGACGGCGGGGCAAGUCGUCAACCUGUUGUCUAACGACGUGAACCGGUUCGAUUAUGCGUUCAUCUACACUCACUUCAUCUGGCUGCUCCCUCUGCAAGUUGUCAUCGUGUGCUACCUCAUAUACCUGAAGAUCGGCUAUGCUGCGAUUGUUGGAGUCGUCGGCAUCGUCCUACAAACUAUCCCAGUGCAAUCUUACAUGAGCAAAUUGGCCGCACGGCUACGGAUGAGGACCGCUUGUAAAACCGACGAGCGCGUGCGCAUUAUGGACGAAAUCAUUAGUGGCAUGCAGGUGAUAAAAAUGUACGCCUGGGAAAAGCCGUUCGAGCAAGUGGUGGCUUUAGCCCGCAAGAAUGAGAUCAAGUGCAUCACCUCCGCGUCCUACCUCCGAGGGGUGUACCUUAGCUUCAUGGUGUUCACCGAACGACUGUCCCUGUAUAUCACCCUGCUCACCUACUCGCUCUUCGGCUACCAAGUCACCGCUGACAUCGUUUUUCCACUGGCACAGUUCUACAACACCCUGCAAGGAACCCUUUCGAUUAUCAUGUCGAACGCCGUCUCGUUUUUGGCCGAGGCGCUGAUUUCAGUGCAGCGCCUAGAGGCGUUCAUGCUGCUCGACGAACGCGAGGACCUCAGGAGUGUGGCCGACGUGGACAUAGCCAAACUGGUCCAGAGCGUGGAGAGGAAGAAACAAAAGAACCUCAGCGAAGAAGACCUCUGCCAGAACACGUUCAAGAAAAUCGACGAAGAUGGCAUAUUCAACCCAGGUUUCGACUGCAACGAGAAGGGUCUGCUGAAGAAGACUCUAAGCUCCAUGACGGUGGGAGCAGACGUGGGUAUUCUCCUUCAAGACGUGAACGCGAGCUGGACUGAAGACGGACCGGUGACGCUGCGCAACGUCAACAUUACUGUGCCGAAGGGAAAACUUUGCGCAAUCAUUGGCUCAGUUGGGUCUGGAAAGAGUUCCAUUCUGCACCUGCUGUUGAAUGAGCUUCGGUCGACCAGCGGCAAGAUAUACCUGUCAGGGCCGCUCUCCUACGCUAGCCAGGAGCCCUGGCUUUUCGUCGCUACCGUCCGCCAAAAUAUCCUUUUUGGCCUUCCUUACAACUCCAAGAAAUACAAAGAGGUGGUCAGAGUUUGCGCCCUACAAAAAGACUUCCAGCAAUUCCCUCAUGGCGACCAAACGUUGGUGGGCGAAAGAGGCGCAUCUUUGUCUGGAGGUCAAAGGGCGCGAAUCAAUCUCGCCCGUGCUGUGUACAGACAGGCGGAGGUUUACCUUUUGGACGACCCACUAUCAGCAGUGGACGCGCACGUGGGUAGACAGCUGUUCGACGAGUGCAUCGGAGGGUACCUUCGUCACACCACUAGAGUGCUGGUCACGCACCAGCUGCACUACCUCAAGGCUGCCGACUACAUCGUUAUAUUGAACAACGGAGCUGUAGAUGCUAAAGGGACGUACGAUGAACUAGUAGAUUCUGGCAAAGACUUCGCAAAAUUAUUAUCGUCUACUCAGGAUGAUGAUGAUGACAAGAAAGACGCUGAAAAACCACCUCCAAUGCCAAGAAGAACAUCUUCAAGGCUAUCUACCACCCGUCGGCCGUCCCUCACAGAAUCAACCGGAGGUUGUGAGGUCGCGCAAGAGAUGGAAGAAGAAGAGAGGGAAUCAGGCUCUAUGGGAUGGCACGUCUAUGGUGCCUACCUGAGAGCGGGAGGGAAGACCGGCCGCCUCGUGUUCAUGGUGCUAUUGCUAUUCGUGGGACAACUAUCCGCAACUCUUUGUGACUAUUGGGUCACUUUCUGGACAAAUGAGGUAACGAGAAUGAAAGAAAGAGAAAGCAAUGGCACGAAAAUUGACUAUGAUACAGUCAUUGUGCCAAGAAAUAGCACCUUCAACUUAUCCAGUUACUUCUCCGGAAUAAAAAUGAAACCAGAUAUGGACAUCCACGCCUACAUAGGACCGCUAGACACGUCUCAGUACCUCUACGUGUAUUCGGCGCUCAUCGUGUGCUGCAUCUUCUUCAUCACGGCGCGCGCGUUCAUGUUCUUCAAGGUGUGCAUGACCGCCUCCAGGAACCUCCACAAUGAUAUGUUCCAUUCCAUGCUGAGAGGCGUCAUGAGGUUCUUCGACUCUAACUCUUCAGGGCGUAUUUUGAACAGAUUCUCUAAGGAUAUCGGAGCAUUGGAUGAACUUCUUCCUCGAUUCUUGUUGGAAUGCAUUCAGAUUUACUUGGUGAUGUUCAGUAUAUUAGCUCUGAACGCUGCUGCUCUUGUAUGGACCUUACUGCCGACCACGAUUAUCCUGCUGCUAUUUUACACUAUACUACAAAUCUACCUCAAAUCAGCGCAGUCUAUUAAACGGCUGGAAGGCACAACCCGCAGUCCAGUAUUCUCGCACAUGUCGGCAACGCUGAACGGCAUUAGCACCAUACGCUCCGCUGGCGCCCAACAAAGACUGAUAAAGGAGUUCGAUAGGUUUCAGGACAUUCACACAUCCACGUGGAGCAGUUACUUGGCGAGCGGCGUGACGCUCGGCUUUUGGCUCGACUUCAUCUGUGUGCUCUACCUUGCCAUAGUCAUAGUCGCCUUCCUAGUCAUAGAUAGCAAGACAAUAUUCUCCGGCAAUGUGGGCCUGGCGAUAUCCCAGACUCUCAUCCUGACAGGCAUGCUGCAGUUUGGGGUGCGACAGACGGCCGAAGUCAUCUCGCAGAUGACCAGUGUGGAGCGGAUUCUGCAGUACACCCACAUUGAACGCGAGAAGCAGUGGGACAAAGGCGAACGUGAAACGCCCAAAGGCUGGCCGUGGCGCGGACGCAUCGAAUUCCGCAACUGUUACAUGAAGUACACCCCUGAAGACUUGCCCGUGCUCAAAAACCUCAACCUGGUGCUAGAAAGCGGAUGGAAGGUGGGCAUAGUAGGCCGCACGGGUGCCGGCAAAUCCUCACUGAUCUCGUCGCUGUUCCGACUGGCCAUCGUCGAAGGCGAGGUGCUAAUUGACGACAUCGACACCAAAUACCUUGCCUUACAAGAGCUACGUUCGAACAUCUCCAUCAUACCCCAAGAGCCAGUGCUGUUCUCGGCGACAGUUCGCUACAACCUGGACCCCUUCAACAACUACGAUGACGACCAGCUCUGGAAGGCACUUGAAGCCGUGGACCUCAAAACGGCAGUGCCAGCGCUAGACUUCAAGGUGUCUGAAGGUGGAUCGAACUUCUCGCUCGGGCAGAGACAGCUGGUGUGCCUGGCGCGAGCCAUCCUGCGCGGGAACCGAAUCCUCGUGCUUGAUGAGGCCACCGCGAACGUCGACCCUAAAACGGACGAGUUCAUCCAGAGAACGAUACGAACUCGUUUCGCGGACUGCACGGUGCUGACGGUGGCACACCGGCUCAACACCAUCAUGGACUCCGACCGCGUCAUGGUGAUGGAUGCCGGACGCCUCGUCGAGUUCGACCACCCCCACAACCUGCUCAAUAACCCCAACUCACACUUCACCAAAAUGGUGCAAGAAACCAGUGACAAAAUGUCUGCGCAACUCCACCAAAUCGCGAAAGACACCUUCAUCAAAAACGGCGGCGUCAUAGAGUAAGCCUUUAGCCAAUAGUUUGUAAGCCCCGAUUGUAUAGUUAAAUGUGUUGCGUAAGAAUGCCUAUGUAUAAGAGUCAAUGAAUGGCGUAUGUUAGGGACACCCUGUUGCAAUAUAUUGUCUGAAAUUAGUUCUGCGUUAUUAAUUUUUUAUCAUCCCUACGUGAGUAUUAUUUGGUUCUUAAUAAAAGAAUGUCUACACAUGCCUAUGCCAAAAUAAUUGUUUUCAGUAUGUAUUACUUUCGCUUUUACGUAGGUAAUGUAGGUAUUAGUAGCGACGAGUUGGCACUUGGCAGAGGGUGGAACUUUGCUCUCUAGUGUUACACUCGGACGGUUUUAAAAUACACUUUUAUUAUUAUGUUAUUCCUUAAAAUAUAAAUGAUUCGCUUCGUUAAGCGCUGUAUUUGUGUGCUUAUAUUUUGAAUGUACCCACACUGUAUCGCAUAGGUAGUUAUCAAUUGAUUAGUAGUCAUAAUCAAAGCAGUAGAAAAGUCGAUAAACAAGCUAGAUAUUUGACCUGAUAUUUUGUGCCAAGUAAGUGCCACAUAAAUAAACCACAUUCAUUAGCAAUAAUAUAAAAUCGAGGUCAUUAUUGCAUAACCGCAUUUUAAACUCAUAAUGCUGGUGUUUCCUUAAAAUGUUGAACUGUUAUUUUGAAGCAACAUAAUAUGGAAUAAUAAUUUUAGUAUCAAUGUAAGAAUUUUAGUUUUAAUCAAACAACAGGCAAAACUGUGUUAUUUAUUAUAAUAUAAUGUGUUAUACGACAAACAAUUCAUUUCAAAUGAUAUACCAUUGUAAAUGCCAUAGAGGUUAUCCUCGAACAAAAUAUAUAAAAAUCAUUUUAAAA